AUGCUGCUGCCCAAAGGCACGCCGGCCAUAGGCUUGGCAAUAGUGUGUCUUGCUCCCUUGGCAAAUGCCUUUCAAUCUGCAUUGCACGCGUGUCCGGCUCCCUGCAAUGGGGAUUCCGGGGACUGGACUGUCUACUCAUCAGUAGACCGUCUUCGAUCUUGCCCGGAGCCUAUGCUGUUAGACAUGUCUCUUUACAUGGACCUUGAGUCGAUGAAUGGAUAUAGCAAACUGUUUGUGUGCACUCCGAACAGUACAGACAGCGGUGCCAGCACUACGAUUUCCUCUCCAUCCCGUCAGCCUUCCAUGGAAAGCCACCACGGCAUCUCCCAUAAACGCUUCCACCACAGAGACACUGCUUCUUCCUGUAUAUCGGGUGAGCAGAAGAUCAUCUCAAUGAAGUUGAACACGGAUGCGGCUGCUAGUUCCACCUCCGCUAGUGACCUCACAGCCAUCCUCAAACACACUCAGGAUCACUUCGUCGACAUCGCUCACUGCGAUGCUACCAGUGUAUUUGGAUACUAUAAUGGGGCAGCAGUGGGUUUGUAUUUUGGAUCGGCUAUUGACAAUGUCAAGAGUAUAUCAUCGGUGCUUGACCAUUUGAGACAGAGGAUUUCAGAUGGCCAGGGUGUCAAGAACAUGGUCGUGCAGCGCUGCAGUGAUGUUCCCAACGCAGACUACAUUAUUGGUGUCGCAGUCGACACCACUGGAGACUUGGCUUCUGUGCAAAAGUCCGUUGCUUCAUGGAAUACUGGCCAAUGCGCUCACACUACUGGGACCAGCACUACCAUUGAGGGCGUUCCCAUUCUUGAAAAAUCUAUGGGAUCUGCUAUUAGCAGCAAUACUACGAUUGGCGAUCAACAUUUGUCUAAACGCGGUGAUUGCAAGACGGUUAGCGUGGUUGGAGGAGACGGUUGUGGAUCACUGGCAAAGAAGUGUGGUAUUUCUGCAACUGACUUCAAUAAAUACAACACAGACAAGGAUUUGUGCUCUACUCUCUUCGCGGGUCAACGCGUAUGCUGUUCUGCCGGGACUCUCCCGGAUAUCACCCCGAAGGAAAACAAGGACGGAUCCUGUGUCUCCUACAAGAUCAAGCGAGAUGAUCACUGUAAGACCAUCGCAGCUUCGUAUGGACUGCAGCCUUCAGACAUCAGCGACUUCAACGAUGGGACCACCUGGGGCUGGUUUGGAUGUAACGAUCUUCAGAUCGGAAGCUAUAUCUGCUUAAGCAAGGGUGACCCCCCAAUGCCUGCGCCGGUCUCCAAUGCGCAGUGUGGUCCUCUUGUAUCCGGAACAAAGAGGCCAACCAAUGGAACAGCACUUGCCGAUCUCAAUCCGUGUCCACUGAACUCCUGCUGCGACAUCUGGGGCCAGUGCGGUAUUACUCCCGAAUACUGCACGAACGUGACAGGCGCGACAGGAAACCCAGGCACAGCGCCGAAAAAGCAAAAUGGUUGUAUCUCUAAUUGUGGUACAAAGAUCGAGAAAAGCAACUAUCCCCCAGCCGACCAGUACAGGGUUGGGUACUAUGAGUCCUGGAACUUUGACCGACCCUGUCUAAACCUUCGUGCAGGCCACAUGGAUCUCACGGAUUACACCCAUGUCCAUUGGGGCUUUGCAUCCAUUACUGAUGACUUCAACGUCACCAUCAAUGAUACUUAUAAACAGUGGGACAGCUUCACAAAUCUGGUGCAGGUCAAGAAGAUUGUAUCUUUCGGUGGUUGGGGUUAUUCUACCAGCCCUUCAACUUAUGACAAGCUUCGCGAGGCAAUGGAUCCGAAAAACAUGGAUAUAUUUAUCGACAACAUUUUUAACUUUAUUGAAACAAAUGGUUUGGAUGGUGUCGACUUUGAUUGGGAGUACCCCGGGGCUCAAGAUAUUCCCGGUAUUCCUAAAGGGCUCUCGACUGAUGGUACCAAUUACCUGAACUUCCUCAAAAAGAUGAAGCUCAACUUCCCUUUUGAAAAAACUGUCUCAAUCGCGGCACCAGCUUCGUAUUGGUAUUUGAAGAAUUUCCCCAUCGGCGAGAUGGCUAAAACCUUGGACUACAUUGUUUAUAUGACGUACGAUCUACACGGUCAAUGGGAUUAUGGUAAAGCAUGGACCCAGGAUGGAUGUCCGGAUGGAAAUUGUCUCCGCAGUCAAGUCAACCUGACUGAGACGGAAUACGCUUUGGCAAUGAUUACCAAAGCUGGCGUCGACUCAACCAAGAUCAUGGUUGGAAUUCCAAGCUAUGGCCGCUCUUUUGGCAUGGCAAGUGCAGACUGCACUGGACCCGACUGCCACUACACCGGAACCAAGGAUCAUUCUACUGCCCAGGAAGGCGAAUGCACAAGGACUGCAGGGAUCAUCGCUCAGGCAGAAAUCAAUCGAAUCCUCAAUCUUGAUGAGCAGGAUAAAACUUGGUAUGACCAGGGAUCCGGCUCGAAUAUCAUUGUGUGGAACAACACAUGGGCCGCGUUCAUGGAUGGCGACACCUUGUCUAGUCGCAAGAGCUACUAUGAAAGUUUCAACUUUGGUGGGACUAUCGACUGGGCGAUUGACUUGAAGAUGUUCACUGGCGACGACGGAGAUCCCAGUGGUCAAUGGGAGGAUCCUCCUGUUCCCAAGCUGUCCGCGUGCACAGAAACAUUCGAUUCUUUGGAGGCCCUUGAAGAUGCUGCCGAUUCAAUUCCGGAGCACUGUACUACGCAAUACGUCGUGCAAACACUGUCAGACUUGUUGGGCGAUGCAAUGAGCAACUACACUGAUCUAAUGAAUGACGGCUACGACGCCAAAUUCAAGAUUUACGCCGACAGUGUCGCAAGUAACGCAGGCGCAUCGGUCCACGACUAUGUCUACGAGAAUGGCAACAAGUACUUCACCUGCAAGGUGGAUGAAUAUCUGAUGUGCUGUGACGAGUGCAGCUCUGAAGCCUACAAUUGUGAUAUGUGUUCCAAGACCAUGAAAUGCUACAGGACCUGUGAUAGUCUCGGUUGCGAAUCUAGCCACAGUUUUGGGGACCGAAUCCCGAAUCGCGAGUGGGAGACACUUUCUGAGCCAUGUCCACCAGACUACUCGGAACGGUUCACAAAGGAUGAUGAUCACAACGAGAGUGUGCACUGGACAUUGGAGGACGACAAAGCCGACCAAUUCUGGGCUGACCUUUACACAAAUACUGGCGUCAAUAAGUCCUACGUUGAAUUCGGGACCUACACCCGUGAGCAGGAUUGCAAUGGCGAUGUCAAGAGUGAUGACGACUGUUGGAAAACCGGUUACGAUUUCAAUAUCCCUAAGGCCACCGGAUAUGAUGCGGAUGAUGUUGACAACCCCAAAGAUACAGCCAAGAAAGGUCUUGCUCGAUCCGGAAACAUGCAACCGCAGAUCAAGAGUUUGCUGCUUGAAAUGAAUACCGAUAGUUUCCUUGGGAGUGGUGCGGAUGUCAUUGAUUCCAUCUCAGUUCCUAUCUUGAUGAUCGUCUCCGCAGUUCAAGAGAUGUCCAAGGUGGAGACUAUUGCUGAUAAGAUUAGCGCUGAGGAGAAGAAGAUGAAAGAAGAGGAGAUUAUUGGUGGCUUCAUUGCCGCGAUUCUGUUCUUGGUCCCUGUUGCCGGUGAAGUCCUAGGCACGAUCGAGGGAUUAGCUGAUAUUGCUACUGUGCUCAGCAUCGCUGGAACUGCUGCUGAUGUUGGUCUGAGCGUUGCUGAUAUCGUCAAGCACCCCCAUAAUGCUGCUCUGGAUAUCAUGAAUAUUGUCUUCGACGCUGGCGCGUUGACUUCGUUGUCUAAGGUCUCCAAGGCAGCUAAGCUCCGCCGUGAUAUGAAGGAGGCUGAUGUUGCCAAGCUUGGAACAAAGGUGUCGGAUGGUCUAAAAACUAUCGAAAAGGUGACUGGAAAGUGUGUUUCGUGA